AUGGAACUGCAGAAACUCGCUGAGCACGUGCCUGUGCCUAUUAAGGAGAGUCUCGAGGAGAGUAGUGCCAAGGUUAAUGUGCUGUUACAGGCUUAUAUAUCGCAGUUGAAGCUGGAUGGAUUCGCGUUGCAAAGUGAUAUGGUAUUUAUAAGUCAGUCGGCUGGGCGAUUGUUCAGAGCGUUGUUUGAGAUUGUCUUGUGGAGGGGGUGGGCACACCUGUCGCAGAAGGUAUUGAGUGUUUGUAAAAUGGUGAAUACAAGACAAUGGCAAUCGCUGAACCCGUUGCAUCAAUUCAAGAAGAUACCACAGGAGGUGGUGCGCAGUAUAGACAAGAAAAAUUACGCAUUCGAACGGUUAUACGAUCUGGAUCAACACCAGCUCGGGGAGUUGGUCAAAAUGCCGAAAAUGGGCAAACCGUUGUAUAAAUUCAUUAGACAGUUACCAAAACUGGAAUUGACAACGUUGAUACAGCCGAUAACGCGGUCGACGCUGAGAAUCGAGUUGACGAUAACACCAGACUUUCAGUGGGACGAGAGGGUGCAUGGUAACGCGGAAGGAUUUUGGAUCUUCGUGGAGGAUGUGGAUGGGGAGUUGAUAUUGCAUCACGAGUACUUUUUAUUGAAGCAGAAGUUUUGCGAGGAUGAACAUCAGGUGAAGAUGUUCGUGCCCGUGUUCGACCCGAUGCCGCCGCUCUAUUUCAUUCGAAUUGUGUCAGACCGUUGGUUGGGCAGUGAGACGGUGUUACCGAUCUCGUUCCGUCACCUAAUACUGCCAGAGAAAUACCCUCCCCCAACUGAACUACUCGACCUGCAGCCAUUGCCCAUAUCUGCGUUGAAUAAUAAACAGUUUCAGUCGAUUUUCGAACAGAAGAAUAUUAAUGUUUUCAAUCCGAUACAGACACAGGUGUUCCGAACGGUAUACGAAAGCAACGAGAAUGUAUUCAUUGGAGCACCGCAUGGCAGUGGUAAGAGGGUGUGUGCCGAGUUGGCGAUUUUAAGACAUUUCGAUAAUAAACCCGAUUCGAAGGCAGUGUUCGUGACGCCGAUGGAGGAUAUGGCUGAGAAGAUAUUCGCGGACUGGCAAGAGCGUAUUGGAACGGUGUUGGAUAAGACGGUGGUAUUGCUGACGGGCGAGCCGUCGACUGACCUGAAGUUACUGCAGAGGGGGAAGCUGAUUAUAGCGAGUCCGGAGAGAUGGGAUAACGUGAGCAGACGUUGGAAGCAGAGGAAGAACGUGCAGGCGGUGAAGUUGUUUAUUGUGGACGAUUUGCAUAUGAUUGGGGCGAGUUGCGGGCCGGUGAUGGAGGUGAUCUGCUCUCGAAUGCGUUAUAUGUCCUCUCAGCUGGACACCCCGGUACGUAUAGUGGCUCUGUCGAGUUCGUUGGCAAAUGCUCGUGACCUGGGGCAGUGGCUCGGGUGCUCGUCACAGACCACUUUUAAUUUCGCUCCGAACUGCAGACCGGUGCCGUUGGAGUUGUUUAUUCAGGGCUUUAACCUGUCCCACACGGCGUCUCGGUUGGCGGCAAUGUCCCGACCGGUAUAUUCGGCUAUCGGACGGCAUGGAGGGAAGCUGAGACCACGUCCGGCACUGGUGUUCGUGCCGAGUAGGAGGCAGUCGAGAUCGACAGCGGUGGAUAUGUUAACGAUGGCGCACGCGGAUUCGCAGCCGAAAAGAUUUUUACACAUAAAUCCGACGGAACCGACGUUUGUGAAGAUGAUCGAGGCUGUUCAGGAUAAGACGUUAAAAGAGACGUUGGCGUGUGGAGUUGGUUUCCUGCACGAGGGCACGAGUGCGAAGGAUAUGGCCAUCGUGGAACAGCUGUUUCAGAGUGGGGCGGUGCAGGUCUGUAUAGUGCCGCGCACAAUGUGCUAUCAGAUAUCGAUGUCAGCCUACGUGGUGAUAAUAAUGGAUACGCAAUAUUAUAAUGGUAAAUAUCACGUCUAUGAGGAUUAUCCGAUUGGAGACGUGCUGCAUAUGGUGGGGCUGGCGAAUAGACCGGGACUGGAUGAGGACGCCAAAUGCGUGUUGAUGUGUCAAUCGUGCAAGAAAGACUUCUUCAAAAAAUUCCUCUACGAGCCAUUACCGGUCGAAUCGCAUCUCGACCACUGCCUGCACGACCACUUCAACGCUGAAAUAGUCACCAAAACCAUCGAAAACAAACAGGACGCGAUCGAUUAUUUGACAUGGACACUGCUCUAUCGUCGAAUGACGCAGAACCCGAAUUACUAUAACUUGCAGGGCGUAACGCACCGUCACCUAUCGGACAGUCUAUCUGAGCUGGUGGAGAACACGCUGAAGGAUCUGGAGAAUUCGAAGUGUAUUACGAUAAAGAAUGAUAUCGAGACACACCCUCUGAAUUUGGGCAUGAUUGCAGCGUAUUAUUACAUUAGUUAUACGACGAUUGAGGUGUUCAGUAUGUCGUUGACGGCCAAGACGAAGUUGCGCACGCUGAUCGAGAUAAUAUCGAACGCGAGCGAGUUUGAGUCGAUGCCGAUCCGGUACAAGGAGGAUAUUGUGCUGAAACAGCUGGCCGAUAAACUUUCCUCGCAGCACAAAUUCCAUAAGUUUUCAGACCCGCACGUGAAGGUAAAUUUGCUAAUGAACGCGCAUCUGUCGCGAAUUCAGUUGUCAGCGGAAUUGAAUAAAGACACGGAAUUGGUGGUGCUGAAGGCGAUUAGACUGGUGCAGGCGUGUGUGGAUGUAUUGUCGAGCAACGGGUGGUUAUCGUCGGCGAUUCACGCAAUGGAGCUGUCGCAGAUGUUAACGCAGGCGAUGUAUACGAACGAGUCGUAUAUGAAGCAGAUACCGCAUUGCACACCUGCUCUG